AUGGCGCGCGCGCUGGCGAGCGGCAGCGCGGAGGACGCGAAGGCCGCGGGGAACGAGUACUACAAGGCGGGCCGCUUCGCCGACGCGCUUCAGCUCUACGACCGCGCCGUCGCGCUCGCGCCCGCGCGCGCACACUACCGCGCCAACCGCGCCGCCGCGCUGUCCGCGCUCAACCGGGUGGCAGACGCCGUCGCGGACUGCGAGGAGGCCGUGCGGCUGGACGGCAGCUACACUCGCGGGCGGCAGCGUUUGUCUGGCCUGUACCUGCGGCUGGGGCGGGUGGAGGAUGCGCGCGCGCAGCUGGCGGAGAUGGCGGAGGGGGAGGCGGCGGAGGAGAGGGCGCGCGUGGAGCGCGUGGAGGGGUGCGUGGCGCGGUGCGAGCAGAGCGUGCGCGCAGGCGACUGGCAGGGCGCGGUGGUGGAGGCGGAUGGUGCGCUCAGAGAUGGCGCUGACCUCGCCCCGCAGCUGUGGCUGUGGAGGGCGCGCAGCUGCAGGCAUCUCGCGCGCCUCUCUGAGGCGGAGGCCGCGCUGACGUCAGCGAGGGGGGCGCUGGCAGCGGUGCGGACGUCGGUGGCGGGUGAGGGGACGGGCGGGGGGCGAGGGCGGGCGGUGAGGGCGGUGGAGGGCGACGUGGUGGACGAGGACGUGCGGCUCUCAUUGCUGCUCGGCAGGUGCGCGAGACACCCCCUCAUGCGUCUCUGCAUUGGACCAGCACAGGUCCAGGGUUUGGGGCUAGACAGCAGGGUGAGAGUGCACGCA